AUGUUUCAACCAUUACCAUCAAAUCCUACAAGUAUACCAAGUCCAUUUUUACUAUCUGCCUACGGUGUUGAAAAUACAUUUACAGCAAAUGAUGUUUUACGUCGAUGGUUAUUUAUUUAUGAAGGUUGCAUAAAAAAUCAAAUUCGAAUUAUAGGUUUUUCUUCAGAUGCUGACAGUAAAUAUAUGAGAGCAAUGAGACUAGUAAGUGGUUUUUUCGCAUCUUUACCGAAUUUUAAGUUACAUCAACAUCCAAAUGCAUUUAAAAUAAAUUUAACAUCAGAGUGGUGUUGGUUUUACCUUCGCCAAGAACAACUAUUCUUAUUUUUACAAGAUGCAACACAUUUGGCUACCAAAUGGAGGAAUCGUUUAUUAUCAUCAACAGCUCAAUUAUGUAUAGGUGAACAGACAAUUACUAUUGAGCAUUUACGAGAUAUUAUUCAGAGCGGACAAUAUACAAGGUUAGAUCAUAAUUUAAUUCAAACAGAUUUAAAUCCAAAAGAUCGUCAAAACUAUCGAUCAUGCGAGAGAUUAGCAUCAGAUGAUGUAUUAAAUAUUUUAAAAAAUAAUACUAAUACACAAGGAACAUUUGUUUAUCUUCAAUUAUUAAGAUUAAUAAUAAUAGCAUAUAUUGAACCAACAACAUCACUCAAAACACGCUUAAAAUCAGCCUGGAUAACUGUUUUCGUCUGUCGUUUAUGGUUAGCAUGGCUAAAAAAGAAAAUAUUUAAAAAUCAAUCAUCAACACAAAUAAAUAAAGACAAACAUUUUAUAACAAGAACAGCGUAUUUAUCAGUUGAGCUAAAUGCUCAUAAUUUAUUAUAUCUGAUAUUAUUAGUCCAACAAAAACAAUUACCAAAAGAAUCAUUACAUAUAUUUUUAUUCAAUUCACAAUCGUGUGAAGGAAUGUUUCGGAAUGCACGAUCGUUAAGUGGUGUGUAUUCAACAAUUGUAAAUUUUACAAUUCAUGAUUUCCUUCGACGUGCUGCAAAACUAUCAUUACUAAAUCAAAUAAAAUGUAAUGAAUCAACAAAUCAAAGUGGUGAACGCAUAUCAUUCCCAAUUCAUCAUAAACAUAAAGCUGAUAAUGAUUUAUCUAUAAUACAAAAUUUAGAUGAUGUUGAUUAUUUGGAUAUAGAACAAGUUAUAUUAGAAUCAUAUGAAGCAUCAAUUGAAUUAAUUGAAAAUUUAGGAAUAGCAACAUUAUUAAUAAACCAUCAAAUUUAUAAAUUAGAAAAAUUAAGUAAAUUUAUGUUUAAUGAAUUAAAUUCAAAGUCAAGAGUGUCUGAUAGUUUAACAGGAACAAUAAACGUUGAUGACGACAUGAAUUCAGAAUCAGAUGAUUGUGAAUAUGAAAAUAGCGAUGAUGAAGACAACGAUUAUAAUAAUAGUGAUGAAGAUGAGGAUGUUGCAUCUGAUAAUGAAGAAAAUGCUGAAAGUGUUCAAUCUAUAAAAACAAUUUUUUCUGGAACACGUAUCAAAGAUAAAAUUAAUCCUGAUUUAGCAAACUCAUAUUUCAAGGUGAAAAUUAAUGAUACGACGAAAUUCUUACAUAAACAGUCAGCAGUAUGGCUGUUGACUGACAAAAAUGAUCGUCUGUCAACCGAUAGGUUAUCACGAGUUAUGGAAGGAAGCAAGUAA